GGCCCUUCUUUGAUACGGGCAAAAAAAUUCACUCUAGCGAAACUUCAGGUCAGGUGACAGUUAACAAACAGCGGAGGUCACUUCCGGAGUAUGUCACAGUCCUUGUGUAAUAACACAAAACAAAGCCUCCCUGUUGUGGACAGCCUGGAGAGGCCUCGCACUUUCCUAACUAUGAAUCCUCCACACUAAGACUAUCAUCUCUUAACCUUACAACAUGUCCGAACCACAUUCAACCCCCGGCUUUCCAGACAUCAACAGACUUAGAAUAGCCACUGCGGCUACCCCGACCCCAGUACGUACAUUCAAGUACGAAGGGCUGUCCAAGUACACUGCUCUUGUCUACAGAUAUCUACACUCGGACGUCAAGAUCCUAAAGUUCUUGAGAGUCAGUGCAGAUGAAUUCAGUAUCUUAUCGUUGGAAGAGUCCGGACCCCUGAAGUCAGCCAGGUUAUCAUACAACUCCUUCACAGAGAUCCUGCAUGUUAGGAUGCCCAGCAACCGUCAUGAAUCACUCAAUGGACUAUUCAGGUCUCUUAUCGAUCGACAACUGUUUUCAAUGAGUAUCGCGAAUGAAGUAUCCUGCCAGUCAUCGCCCUCCGUUGAAAUAAGGAACUGGACAAAGGAGCCCGACUCUUGCUGGUUGCCCGAAAACAAAGACGACCCAUUUGUCGUUCUAGAAGUCGGGGCCUCUGAGACGACAACGCACCUCGCAACCUCCGCUAGACGCUGGAUCGAUACCCCUGGCUCCACUGUUCUGGCAUGUAUCUCUAUCAAGGUCCGUCCAGACAAUGAUCUAGUCAUUGAUGUUUGGAAGAGAGGCAAAGGGACGCACGACUUGACUUCGGGUAACGUUGACGCCCCUGCGAUACGACGGCAACAUAUCGAAAUCACAAAUAGUACACCCGGCCCUCAAGUCCACGGCUGGAAGCUGGAAGAGAACUGGAGAGUGGUUUCCACAGAUGAGAUCUUGUUGGAGUUUUCGUCGUUUGUUGGUCGGCCCGCCGACAACGACGGGGAACACGAUAUUCUGCUGGAUCGGAGUCUUCUUAUUGGGCUUGCCACUCGGUUCUUCGACAGACAGGCCUGACGUGCCCAGGCCCAGCAUGCCCCUGGCGAAUGGCCCCUUGUCCCUUGAACUUUCAGCUAUUGUCAUCCCUCUACUAAGUGGGUCGCAUAAGGGUGCUCAUUGGGUAUGCGGAUGUGGAGAAGUUCAAUGGGGGGAGAGUUCACUUUUUACAGCCGAUUCAUGAAGUCUUAAUCUUCUCAUACGUUGAUGAUAGAAACCUAUCAUCUUGAUUUAUUGUUCCGAAGGUCUUGACUGUGUUUACCAUAUAUCUCUUGUCCCACUUGUGUCCUGGUUAUAUCCCGGGGUUUGAUUCUCAGCGUCUCCGUCGAUAUUGUCUGGACAGCGCUCAAGCCCCACACUGUUAAUCCUCUGCCUCCACGGAAGCGAAGACGGUCCACAUGCUAUUGUGCGAAUUGAAGUGUCUCGUCGCGAAAUAUCGAAUCAAGCUUAUAAGGGAU